AUGGUUCGCUUUGUGACACCUUUGAUCCUGGCCUCGCUGUCAGCGACCGUCUUGGCCGCCAAAUCCUGCAGCACUAGCAGCCAGUGCGACGAGAAGUUCCCCUGUUGCUCCCAAUAUGGCGAGUGCGGUACUGGUGCUUACUGCCUCGGUGGCUGCGACCCUCGCGCCUCGUUCUCUCUGGACUCUUGUGUCCCCAUGCCCGUCUGCGAGAGCAAGACUUACAACUGGGAGAACCUGGACAACGCUGUGACCCAGGAUAAGUACCUAGGCAAUGCCUCCACCGCCGACUGGACCUACAGCGGCAAGGCCAAGACCGAGGAUGGUAACCUGAUCAUGACCAUGCCGGCCAAGAGUGUCGGUGCUCUUUUCGCCAACAACCACUACGUCUGGUACGGCAAGGUUUCCGGCAAGAUUAAGAGCUCUCGCGGCAAGGGUGUCGUGACUGCUUUCAUUCUCCUGUCCGAUGUUAAGGACGAGAUCGAUUACGAGUGGGUUGGCGCCGAUUUGACCGGCGUGCAGACCAACUACUACUGGCAAGGUGUUCUGGAUUGGCACAACAGCGGUAACAUCUCCGUCGAAGGUGGGGACACCUACAACGACUGGCACACCUACGAGAUCGACUGGAGCCCCGAGAAGGUCGAUUGGAUUGUCGAUGGCGCCAUCCAGCGCACCCUGAAGAAGGCCGACACCUACAACGAGACCAGCAAGCAGUACCAAUUCCCCCAGACCCCCUCCCGCCUGCAAAUGUCCCUCUGGCCCGCCGGCCAGCCCAGCAACGCCCAGGGCACUAUCGACUGGGCCGGUGGUGUGAUCGACUGGAACAGCGAGGACAUCCAGAACUACGGCUACGACUUCGCCACCUUCGGUGAGGUCAGCGUGCAGUGCUACGAUGCUCCCUCCAACGUCAAGAAGACCGGCGACAAUGCCUACAUCUACAACAACAUCGGUUCCAUGGAGAGCGACAUCUCCAUCACCGACAACUCCACCGUCAUCGCCUCCCUCGGCGCCACCGGUCUCAACAUGAAUCUCGGCGCCGCAACCUCCAGCUCUUCCACCGGCUCCAAUUCCUCGUCCACCGCCUCCUCUUCCAACAGCAUUCCGUCUAGCGCUAACGGUGGCUCCGGUGGCAUGACCAACAGCGAGAGCAACGAGUCCUCCAGUGAAUCCAAGUCUGGCUCUAGCUCUGGUACUGGUACUGGCACUGGUACCGAGACCGGCUCUGGUACCGAGACCGGCGGUCCCGGCUUCACUCAGGCCACCCCCACCCAGGACAGCGGUGCCGCCGGCCAGAACGAGCGUGUCCUCCGUGGCUCGCUCUUCGGCGUCCUUGUGGCCAUCGUUGUCCUCGUGACGCUGUAA